UAUUUUUUAGGGUAUUUUCAAAAUCAUCCAAAAUGAGUCAGUCUUGUAUACCAGUCAGCGCAAAGAUGUCGAAGGCAAAGAAAGUUUUAGAUGAAGCCAGAGAAACUCAAAACCGGGAACUGGACCUGGUGGACAAGGGUCUUACGUCCUUCGAGGAGAUGCCCGGAUUGUUCAACAUGUCCAACAUCACGCGCCUGACUCUAUCCCACAAUAAAAUCAGUGUGAUCAGUCCCGGAAUUGCGAAUCUACUCAAUCUGGAGAUCCUCAACCUCUCGAACAACCAGUUGACCGAACUACCCGUUUCGCUGUCGUCCAUGCCCAAGCUGCGAAUCCUCAAUGUGUCCAUCAACCGUCUGGUUUUUCUUCCUCGGGGCUUUGGAGCCUUCCCCGUUUUAGAGGUCCUGGACCUGUCGUACAACAAUCUUAAUGAAACGUUGCUGCCUGGCAACUUCUUUGGGAUGGAAACUUUGCGUGCUUUAUAUCUGGGCGAUAACGAAUUUGAGUAUAUUCCGAAGGAGGUGGGUCAGUUGAAGAACCUGCAAAUUCUGGGACUUCGCGACAACGAUCUCCUGGAGCUUCCCCGUGAAGUUGGAGAUUUGGCGCGCCUUCGGGAGCUACACAUUCAGAACAACAGACUGCAGGUCCUGCCGCCAGAAAUUGCCCAGCUCGACCUCUUGAGCAACAAGUCGGUGAUGAAGAUGGAGGAGAAUCCCUGGGUCAAUCCCAUUGCCGAACAAUAUCUGCUAGGCAUCAGUCACGUGAUCGACUACCUCAAAACGGAGACCUAUAAAAUCAUCUACAACCGUCAUUUGCAGGCAGGACGUAAUGGACCACCGCCACCCAAGGCCGACAGGAGCAAGAAGGCCUCCCGAAUACGCGCAUAGUUGUCCUCGGGCAGAAGAUCCAAAGAAAUACUGUGUUCGUCUCGUUCGUUGUUAACCAAACUCGAUUUUGUAUACUAAUUUAUAAGUAUUUGUAAACUAAUGUGUAUUUUCGCAAAGUGCCUUGACUCUGUUUCUCACUAAUUAAAAUUAAAGAAUUAAA